AUGGAAUCUGGGAGAAGGGGAUGGAAUCUGGGAGAAGGGGAUGGAAUCUGGGAGAAGGGGAUGGAAUCUGAGAGAAGGGGAUGGAAUCAGGGAGAAGGGGAUGGAAUCUGGGAGAAGGGGAUGGAAUCUGGGAGAAGGGGAUGGAAUCUGGGAGAAGGGGAUGGAAUCUGGGAGAAGGGGAUGGAAUCUGGGAGAAGGGGAUGGAAUCUGGGAGAAGGGGAUGGAAUAUGGGAGAAGGGGAUGGAAUCUGGGAGAAGGAGAUGGAAUCAGGGAGAAGGGGAUGGAAUCUGGGAGAAGGGGAUGGAAUCUGGGAGAAGGGGAUGGAAUUUGGGACAAGGGGAUGGAAUUUGGGAGAAGGGUAUAGAAUCAGGGAGAAAGGAUGGAAUGUGGGAGAAGGGGAUGGAAUCUGGGAGAAGGGGAUGGAAUCUGGGAGAAGGGGAUGGAAUAUGGGAGAAGGGGAUGGAAUCUGGGAGAAGAGGAUGGAAUCUGGGAGAAGGGGAUGGAAUCUGGGAGAAUGGGAAUGGAAUUAGGGAGAAGGGGAUGGAAUCUGGGAGAAAGGGAUGGAAUCAGGGAGAAGGGGAUGGAAUCUUGGAGAAGGGGAUGGAAUUUAGGAGAACGGGAUGGAAUCUGGGAGAAGGGGAUGCAGGAGAAGGGGAUGGAAUCGGGGAGAAGGGGAUGGAAUCAAAGAGAAGGGGAUGGAAUUUGGGAGAAUGGGAUGGAAUUUGGGAGAAGGAGAUGGAAUCUGGGAGAAGGGGAUGGAAUCUGGGAGAAGGGGAUGGAAUAUGGGAGAAGGGGAUGGAAUCUGGGAGAAGGGGAUGGAAACUGGGAGAAGGGGAUGGAAUCUGGGAGAAGGGCAUGGAAUCAGGGAGAAGGGGAUGGAAUCUGGGAGAAGGGGAUGGAAUCUGGGAGAAGGGGAUGGAAUCUGGGAGAAGGGGAUGGAAUCUGGGAGAAGGGGAUGGAAUCUGGGAGAAGGUGAUGGAAUCGGGAAGAAGGGAUAGAAUCUGGGAGAAGGGGAUGGAAUCUGGGAGAAGGGGAUGGAAUCUGGGAGAAGGGGAUGGAAUCUGGGAGAAGGGAUGGAAUUUGGGAGAAGGGGAUGGAAUCUGGAAGAAGGGGAUGGAAUCUGGGAGAAGGGGAUGGAAUCUGGGAGAAGGGGAUGGAAUCUGGGAGAAGGGGAUGGAAUCUGGGAGAAGGGGAUGGAAUCUUGGAGAAGGGGAUGGAAUUUGGGAGAAGGGGAUGGAAUCUGGGAGAAGGGGAUGGAAUCUGGGAGAAGGGGAUGGAAUCUGGGAGAAGGGGAAGGAAUCUGGGAGAAGGGGAUGGAAUCUGGGAGAAGGGGAUGGAAUCUGGGAGAAGGGGAUUGAAUCUGGGAGAAGGGGAUGGAAUAUGGGAGAAGGGGAUGGAAUCUGGGAGAAGAGGAUGGAAUUUGGGAGAAGGGGAUGGAAUCUGGGAGAAUGGGAAUGGAAUUAG